GGGAGGUCACCAUAUGUAAAUUGCUUUUAUGUGGUGGUGGUGGUGGUGGUUCCGUCAGCUCUAGCGUGAAUAAGCCCGACGCAGGGGUGUGGCUGGAGCAGCUCUAAAUCACUCUAUGAGCUCUGGUGCCUGCCUCGUGUGCGGCUUGAUCGCCUUCCUCUCCGCCGCGUCUGCAGCUGCUUGAGUUUGUUGCGCGCCGCCUUGAGUUGGUGGUUCAGCUGUGAACUCUCUCCUCCUGGCUCAGCCAGAGCGCCAGAGAUCAUGCAACGCUUCUGUCCCGGGCAAGCUGUUUAGGUGAACGACGAAGCCGGCUGCCAAAAGAGGUUGGAGGAGCCGCGCCCGCUGAGCAGCGUACAGGGCGACCUCGAUGCCAAAUUAGUGCAAGAUUCCUGUUGCUGAGUUUCCUUCUAUUCCAGCAAGCCCCCCCUGCCGCCGCCGCCGCCGCCGCCGCCCUUUCCCUGGAGCAGACACAGCUGGCAUUGAUGCCUGAAUAUACAAAACAUUCCUACUGAACUUUGCACCCAAAUUAUUUUAUUAUCGAAUGGCCCAGGAAGCCUUGACAAUGUUUUGGAAUUAAAAAUGAUAGCAGCUGGGAAAUUCUCAAGUCUCCCAAGAAAUAUGCAAAUGAGCCAUGAGUUCUCACUGGCCUCUUCUAUGGACCUUUUGAGCAGCAAACCGACUCUGGCUGACCAUCACUCACAUUGUCAGGAUGUUUCUAUCCAUGGAACCCUUCCAAGGAAGAAAAAGGGGGCCAUUCCUAUUGGACCCUGUGAUGUCUUUAGCCACAUGGGAACUUUGCCAUACUCUAAAGCACAUCUACCUCAAGGGCCUUUGAAUCAAGGUGUUACAGAGGAGUAUCCCCAGAAAAACCAGAAGAGUGACAACUUCUACCACAGGAAAAUUGAAUCUGGAGAAUGGGGUGACUCACCCAGAGAGGACCCCCAACAUCCGGAGUCUCCGGGUGAAAAUUGGAAACCUGGCAACCCUACAUCCAAAGAUCAGAAUGCUAUGGACCCAGCUAUGGAGUAUGUGAAGUUUUCAAAGGAAAAGCAUGUUAUGGACAGAUCAAGUAUGGACAGUUCCCCAGAAAAACUGAAGAAAGAGCUGGAAGAGGAGCUCCAGAUGAGCAGUGAAGAUUUACGCAGCCAUGCCUGGUAUCAUGGACGUAUUCCACGACAGGUGUCUGAAAGCCUUGUUCAGAGAGAUGGGGAUUUCUUGAUUAGGGACUCUCUCUCCAGCCCUGGGAAUUUUGUCCUUACCUGUCAGUGGAAAAACAUCUCUCAGCACUUCAAGAUCAGUAAAACCAUCUUGAGACUCAAUGAAGCUUACUGCCGUGUUCAAUACCAGUUUGAGGAUGAAAGUUUUGACAGCAUCCCAGGCCUGGUUCGGUGCUACGUGGGAAACCGCCGACCGAUAUCGAUGCAGAGCGGAGCUAUUAUAUUUCAGCCCAUCAACCGGACUGUCCCAUUGAGGUGCCUGGAGGAAAAAUACGGCGUUUCUCCAGUCCUGCAAAGGGAGGACAGCAUUCCUGAAGGAAAAAUGGAAACUCCGAAAAGACUGAGCCUUAAUAUGUGCAAUCGCCAGGCCAGGGAGCAGAAUUCAGUCCGAGGAAACCUUUUAAGAAACAAGGAGAAAAGUGGUAGUCAUCCAGCCUGUUUGGACCACGUGCAGGAGAAGAGAUUUCCCCUAAAGGCUCACCAGUCAGAAAGCUAUCUGCCAAUAGGUUCAAGGUAUCCGUCUCGGGGAACUGAAGCUGAAACAAGCCCUUGUCCAAAGUCUCCAGCCUUCAGAACAGGCAGCGAACCUGCACUGAGUCCUGUGGUGUUCCGGAGAGUCGCCUCUGAGCUGCAGAUCAACGAUGCUCUCAGGGGUUCUGACAGUCAGCUGUACCCCAGGCCUCCGCCCAAGCCCAGUAAAGUGCCUUAUUUGAGGCCGCUGUACGGUUCGGAGGCACUCUAUUGUGAACUGAAUGCAGCACUUCCCACAGACUGCGGGGUGACAAAGCAAGCUUUGUGCCAGAAGAACAGCUUUGUAGAGCAUCUGGCCACUAAAGAGUAUGGCACACAUUCAUCCAGGCAUUCCGAAACGAGCUACUUGAUCCUGGACGACAGUGACUCUUUACUGAGCUCUGCGGAGCCACUCCUGGCCCAGACGGAGAUGAGCAAAGGGAGCAGCGUCUUUGUCACGCCUGUUCUUGAGAUGGUCUCUAGUUUCAGGCCAAACGAUUUUGAGUCAAAGCUCCUUCCGUUGGAAAACAAACCCUUGGAGACAGCAAUGUUGAAAAGGGUGAAGGAGCUGUUCACGAACAACAAUGCAAAGAUAAUCGCCAUGCAUAUACUUAAGAUGGACUGCAAGGUUGCUAGGAUACUAGAGGUCUCUGAAGAGAUGAGGAGAAUCAUGGGAGUGAAUUCAGGCCUGGAACUUAUUACGUUGCCAUAUGGACACCAACUGCGCCUUGACAUAAUUGAAAGACACAAUACCAUGGCAAUAGGAAUAGCAGUUGACAUUCUUGGCUGCACAGGAAACUUAGAAGAGCGAGUAGCAACAUUAAACAGGAUCAUCCAGGUCGCUGUGGAACUCAAAGAUUCCAUGGGGGAUCUGUAUGCAUUUUCAGCUAUAAUGAAAGCUCUGGAAAUGCCUCAGGUUGCAAGGUUGGAGCAAACAUGGACCACUUUGAGGCACUGCUACACACAAACAGCCAUUAUGUAUGAGAAGCAGCUGAAACCAUUCAGCAAAGCCUUACACGAAGGGAGAGAGACAACUUGCGUUCCUCAAAAUGUUGUCACCGUGCCCCUGCUGAUGCCUCUGGUUACGCUGCUGGAGCGCCAGGCUGUUGUGUUUGAUGGAAUGGAUGUGUGGGAAAACACAGACCAAAGCUGCGAAAUAAUGUUGCAGCACUUAGCGACUGCUCGCUUGAUAGCCCAAAAGGCUGCGCUUUACAGCACAAAUGCAGAAAGGAUGUUAGCAGGUUUUCAGGCAGAUGACGAGAUGAAUGAAAUCUUCAAAACGGAAUUUCAGAUGAGAUUGCUCUGGGGCAGCAAAGGAGCUCAAGUUAACCAAAGUGAAAGAUACGAGAAAUUCAACCAGAUUUUAAUUGCACUCUCCCGAAAAUUAGAACCCCCUCUAGCAAAGCAGACAGAGCAAUGAAAUGUUGAAUGGACUCUCAGCUAUAGUUAAUUCAAUAUAAUUACUUAACUAAGAAAAAAUACACUGUAAAACAGGCUUGCAUCAAAUGUUUGCCUUUUCCCCCCUCAGAGUAAGAAGAGGAUGAUUGUCCAGAAAUGUUUGCAGCCUGUUCACAUUCCCCUGUUUUGCUGUGAGUUUCACACAUUUUAAAAAACUGUUUCUCCUUUCUGGCAGUAGUGAUUCUAGCCAAUCAGGGAUUACUUGGUGAAUGUGAUGGCUUCACAUUCACAGCUCGUUGAGAACAAGGGUAAUAGUUUCUGGAUCAUAAUUGUUCUCUCUCUGAAUGGGCAAAUACUUUCAAAGCAACUCCUGGGGAAAAAAAACGCUAAAGGGGUGUGAGGGUGCUUGUUGCCACUGCCAAAAGUUUUUGCAUACUCUGCUGCUUAGUGUCAUCCACAGCCUCUUCAAAAUUUCUAUGUUGCACAGCGUGCAUUUUUGAGUUGCCUAACAAAGGCUACAGAUUUAUAAAGGAAUCAUUAUUUAUUAUUGCUAUCUUUAAAAAUUAUCUCAUGCUCAAUGAAUUCACUGUCCAUUACAUAAAGUAUUGCAGACAGUGAUUUUAUUAGAAUAUUUUAGUCUUGCAUCAAAUGUUAUUAAUAAACUGUAAUGUAAAUAUGAGUAAAGGUUAAAGAAUGGCUUCGCAGCAGGUAUCAGUUAUAUGAUAUCCCGUGAAUGGAUGUGGAAACUUGUACACAUGUGAAUUAAAGCAUCUCUUUGUGAAAUA